AUGCAACAGAAAAUCAUGGAUUCACUCACUGAAACUUUGGAAAUGAACUAUGCAUGGCUCGUGAUAGUGCAGCAGCAAAGUACUAAUCUGCCACAAAUGGAUUCUUCAUCUCCAUCUCCAAACCCAGUUUCCCCAGUGCCACUGAACAGUAACAAUCCAACCAGUGCUCCAAGAUUUGGAACAGUCAUUCCCAAUCGGAUCUUUGUAGGAGGAAUCGAUUUUAAAACAAAUGAAAAUGAUCUAAGAAAGUUUUUCGCUCAGUAUGGAACUGUUAAAGAAGUCAAAAUAGUAAAUGACAGAGCUGGAGUUUCUAAAGGGUAUGGGUUUAUUACCUUUGAAACCCAAGAAGAUGCUCAAAAAAUUUUACAAGAGGCAGAAAAGUUGAAUUAUAAGGAUAAAAAACUGAAUAUUGGUCCUGCAAUAAGAAAACAGCAAGUAGGGAUACCACGAACGAGCUUAAUGCCAGCAGCUGGGACAAUGUACUUAACCACUUCAACAGGAUACCCAUAUACAUACCACAAUGGAGUGGCUUAUUUCCACAGCCCAGAAAUUGCUUCAGUUCCACAGCCUUGGCCUCCUCGCUCUAUUUCUAGCUCACCAGUAAUGGUGGCUCAUCAAGCUCAGCCAAUUUACCAACAGCCAACAUACCAUUAUCAGGCACCAGCUCAUUGUCUUGCAGGGCAAUGGCAGUGGGGAUUGCCACAGUCACCAGCUUCCACAGCCUCUGUGUUAUAUUUACAACCAUCUGAGAUAAUAUAUCAACCAGUGGAAAUGCCUCAGGAUGGAGGCUGUGCACCACCUCCUCUUCCAGUGAUGGAAGCCUCAAUGCCAGAGCCCUAUGCUGAUCACAGUGUUCAAGCACCGUACCACCAGGUUUAUACCCAAAGUCCCAUGGCAGUGGCAGCCCCUGUCAUGCAACAGGAACAGGUGAAGGAAUCUAGGUUGCAUCCUGUCAGACGAAAUUUUUCCCAGCCUCCACCAGUUGGAAUUAAACCUCGUUACACACGCAGUCCUCAUUACCAUAUGAGAAAGGAAUAUAGAGCAGAAGAUUCUAUUAUUACUCCACCUUCUUCAACUGAAUCUGUUAAGUAG